AUGGACCGGGAUGAGAUCCAUCAUAAGAUGAGCAAGAAGGUUGCUCAACUUACCAAAGUGAUCUUUCAUUUGAACACCAGAAACGAUGAGGCUGAACACCACUUGGCAGCUGUUUGUCAGGCCUAUGAAAGCGAGGUGGAUCAGAUUCUGAAGGAUGCAAAUGCCAAGGUUCGUAGAUUGGCUGAGGCUGUGGAGUCCGGGCAUGGUAGCAAGGCCGGAAAGCAGCUGGAAGCUUUCAAGAGCAACUAUGAGGACGAGAAGCGUGAGGCUUUGCGGGAGAUUCAAAAUGUGAAAUCUGCUGCCACAGCACGUGAGAACAAGAACACUGCGAUGUGGAAAGAGCGCCUCAGCAACAUGAAUGCAGAGGUGCAAGCCUUGAAGCAGCAGUGUCAAGUUCAAGCUUCUCAAUUCAAAGCUGCUUUGGAGCGGCUGCAGGAUGGCCAAGGCCUGGAGAUGGAGGAGCUCCAGGCAGCUCACGCUGCUGAGCUGCAACGCUUACGUGCUGAGCACCAGGUCCAGCUGACCAGACAGAAUGAAGAUCAUCAGGCAGUGGAGGCCACUUUGAAGGAGGAGAUUGAAGAGCAGCAGGCUUGCCACGACAGAGAACUUCAGCAAGAGAAAAUGGUUUGUGAGGAGCUUCAAGAACAACUUGCGCGCGCAAGGAAGUCCCUGGAGGAUAGCUUAGCCUCCGGCGGUGAAGCACUUCAGGCAGCGUUUGUAGAAAAAGAUCACUUGGAGGGUGAGUUGAAGAAGUUGCAAGAUGAGACAGCGACCUUGCGGCGCCAAAUUGCUGAAAGGGAUGAGGCCUUGAAACUCCAAGAGAAGGACCUGAAGUCCUUGAAAGACUCCUUGUCCAGCUCCGAAAAGAUCAGCGAGGCACUUAAGGCCGAGCUGGAUGUGCUGAAACGCAACUAUGCUGACUCACAGGGAGAGCUGGCUCGGCUGCAGGCAAAGCAUCAGGAGCUUCUCGACAAGUCCAAACGAGAACAGGGCCAGUUGGAGGCAAGCAGCGCACUGGAAAAGCAUCGCUUGGAGGAUGAACUCAAGGCUUCCAUUGAACGAGAAUCGGCACUUCGAAUCGAUCUCAAGAAUUGCAAGGAUGCGGAGGCAGACCUCAGAGUUGAAGUUUCAAAGAAAGAAACCGAGGUUCAGAAGCAGCAGUCCGUGAUGGAAGAAGAAAGAAGAGAGCUGGAUAGAUUGCAGAAGGCCCUGGCAGAGGCCAACCAGCGACAGGAAGAUUUAGCCCGGCAGGGUGGGUCUGAGGUACAGCGCCUGCAGGCUGAACUGCAAGAACACCAGCAGAAAAUCAAGGUCUUAGAGGCUGACAUCGUGCAGCAAGCGACAGAUUCGCAGCGGCGAUUAGAUGAGGCAGCUGCUGCGGCAAGACAAGACAUAGAAGCAGAACGGUCUGCCCACGCAAAUGCUAUCGAUUCUCUUGGAAGGUCUCAUGAGCAAGCGCUGGCUGAAACACAGCAAGGUCAUCUUGCAGAAAUCGCGUCUCUUAGAGCCGAGCUUGAGGCAGAGGUGCAAAGACUCCGAAGCCAGUUGCAAUCUACGGACCAGGAUAGUCAGCGUCUUCUCAAGGACAGAGAAGCGGAGCUGAAAGUGGUCUCAGAGCAGUUGGAGGUGCUUCAAUCUAAGCUUCAAGACGCCAGAAAUCUGGCAGAGGAGGAGCGCAGUUUGAAAGACGAACUCCAGAGACAGCUUGCGGAAUGUGAGGCUUCAUCGUCUGAGGAGUUGAAGAGACUUCAAGGCGAAAUGGAAAAGCAUCAACAAGAGCACUCAGUGGCCAUUGAGCGCAUGCGGGAUGACUGUCAAAGGGAGAUCCGGACCUUGACAGAAAAACAUCAGAAAGAGAUCCAGGGCUUGCAAGAGGAAAUGAAGCACGCCUUGGAGAUACGUGGCCGUGAAGGUUCCGCCGAAGUGCAUCGAUUGCAAGAGGAGAUAAGGCAUCAGAAGGCAGCAUAUGAGGAGGAGAUUAGGAUUCUGAAGAAGAAAAUUGAAGACUUGGAGAGUAGCCUGCAAGCCUCGCAGAGGGACGCGGAGGCUCAGCUUCGAGAACUGGAGGCUACGAUGCGUCAGGAGGUUGAGAAGGUGCGAACCGAGGGCAUCGAGAUGGUUCAAAGACUGAGCUCUGAACAUGAGGCGAAGCUCGAAGAUGUCUUCCGAAAGAACUCUGAAGCGCUGGAGCAACUUCAGCAGAAACUUGGAUCUUCUCAUCAGGACCGGAUUGAUGAGAUGCGCGGAAAGCAUGGGCGAGAACUGGAGCGACUGAAGACGGCCCAUGCAGCUGAAGUGAAAGAUGCCCAAGCUGCGCACAAGACAGCCCUGCAGGAGGUGCGGUCAGAAAUGGCAAGAGCUGUGAAAGAGCUGGAAAUCGCUGCCAAAGUCGCAGCCGAAAGGCAUGCAACUGAGAUCGGUUCCCUCAAUGCAACGCUGGAAUCGGAGCGCGCACAGCUAGAGUCUGUUCGCAAAGAGGCCCAAAACCUACAGGAGGAGCUCCGAAAAGUCAAAGCGGCCACGGCCGAGUUGGAGGCCAAGUUUAAGGCAACAGUUGCAAAACACGAUGAAACCAUGAAGCGGAGACUCCAGGAGUUUGAGAAAGAAAAGAGGCACAUGAAAGAGCAACACAAGAGAGGAGUUGAGCAGCUACUUGAAGAGCAAACCAAGGAGAUUUCCGAGCUGAAAGAGCAGUUUGACUGCGCAAGAAAUUUGCAGGAGAUGCAAAUCAACAUGCAGCAGCAGCGAAUUGUGGAGCUUGAGAACCUCUACAACUCCAGGCCUUCCCGCGAGGAGGAUUUGCAGCUGAUUGCCCAGUUGGAAACCGAUGUACAAGCCAAAUCUGCCCAAAUCACCAAGUUGUUGGAUGACAUGCAGUUCUACAAGCUGGAGCUGGUCAAUCGUGAGCAGAACUACAACAAGGUCUUUGGCGCGGAGCCAACCAUUGGCAUCAUGAAUCCCAUCGCCAAGAAACCCAGUGGCCCCACCAACGGAGCCCCACCACAGAUGCGAGUGGUGCAACAGCCUGGAGCUGGCAUGAAUGGCGUGAACAUGGGCCUACCCCGGCUUGGCAUGACACCGGCACCCACCAGAAGCAACAGCAACAAGCCAAUCCAAAAGUCGUUCCAAGCUGAGCUUGAAGCAAAUGAGAAGUGGGCCCAGUGGGCUUUGUUUGUGAACACUGAGCGAACAUCAUAUUGA